AUGUUUGGUUAUGAGGGGCUAAAGGGGGUCUGCCUCAUGGGGACCCAGGUGGUACCCCCAGGGAUCCUCACGCUCAUGCAAGAAACUGCGCUGGGUCCUUCCCCCCCCCCACUUGGGUUCCGAAUUAAACACGAUACAACAAUGCCGGAGAAGGACACAGUGCGCUGCUUCCUGGAGGAGCUCCUCAAACACAUCCAUGACUUCGACUCCCCCGACGGUCCCACUGUCCUGAAGGGCAUCUUCUUCCCCGACAAAGAGAACGUCAAAGGGGACCCGUUUCCAACCGACCCCAACGACACGGAGGCCAUCGAGAGGAUGAGCCUGCUCAUCCGCAAUGCGAUGGACGUGGAGCGCCUGCCGGAGUCCCUCAAGGGGCGGCGCAUCCACAGUGUGCAACAGAUCGGCACAGUCCUAGAGAUUCUCCUCCUGCGCGACGACUUUGACCCCGCAGCGAAGACGGAGCAGACGGUCGACGCGAUGCGGAUCAUUUUCAAGAACCAGGCUCAGAUCGGGUGGCUGAAAAUCUCGGACUGGGAAAAGUACCCCGCGGCGUAUACAUGCCGGGAACGGCGCGGACCAGGGUUGGGGUCCGGAUAUAAGGUGGACACCCUCCUGGGGUGGGGGGGCAAGGCGCUGACGGGGCCGGAGUUCAGUGGACCGCUCGCACGUGCUGUGAAUCAGGUGUGGUGCAUACUUGUCCAGGUGCUCGACUCCGAGUACGGCUUUGACGGGAUCGGAGCUCGCAUUAAGGGGCAUCUGUGCGGGAUCCUCCGGGCCGCGCAGCGGGACGUGUGCCAAGUGCGGGAGCGCCGCAAUGGCCGGUAUUGGGACUUCAUGCGACGCAUGGCCAAGUUGUUAGGAAUAACAAGGCUUCAGGACCUGCAGCACCCUGAGAAUCUCCAUCUUCUGCCCAUCUUCCUCGCGGUGGUGUACCAGUUUCUCCUCGACUCCCGGUUCCAGGACAAAGAUUAUAAUGUCAUGACGGCCAACAUCGGCAAGAAGGCGGCGGCGUCCGCCAGCUACGUUGUUGCGUACCAGCAACCAGACCACGUGUUGAAUGGGCGCCCCGAAAACGACCCGGGGAACGUCCACCUCAAGGCCCACGUCCACGUGGACGUUAUUGCGAGCGACCCCCAGGAGUGGAGAGAGAUUCAAUCGGAGAUGGGCAUCAGAAAGCUAGGGGAGCCCCUCAAGAAGCCCGGAUUGACAAGGGGGCGCCUUGGGGCAAUGGCACACGGGUUCGUGAGCUGUGGGGAAAACGGCGACUUGCAACUGUACGAUUCGCAAAGUGUUCCGGGGCCAAAGCAGCAGAGGGUUAGGCAGCCUGAGUAUGGCGCGGACGGAAAGAGGGUCGACCGGCCCUAUGACAUUCACGGAGGCAAAAACGACAAGCGGAAGCGGGACAUUGGUGACGGGUUGUACGCCCUUGCCGAGUCAGACGGCUCCCGAGGCCCCGGGAGGCAAAUGUACGAGUGUUGUAUGUCGUACCUGGGGUUCUCGGAGGAGGACCUACUGCCGGGGAAGCGGGUGGAGCUGAAUGCAAAGCGGAAGGCAGAGCGGCCCGGGCCGGAGGAGCUGGCGGCGGCGGCGCAGGAGAGGAAGCGGGCCAAGCGGCAGAGGUUAAAGGAACAGAAGAAAGGACGAGUUGGCAGCGCAGGUGGCGAGACGCCCUGCGAGAGGACGGCGCCUCAUUCUUCUCCCGUCCUUUGGGACGACGACAUGGAGGUGAGCAAGGGCAGACUGCGCUUCCCUUUUGUGCCUCCGUUGGGCGCUUUCAUGUACGAGGCGGGGCGGGUGGUGCGUUACACUCGGUGGAACGGCCAACAUCAGAUUCUGUACGACAACGGCAUCAGGAAGUUCGUCAACUUGACCAAGGACCGGUGGCACGUGUUGGACGACGACGACAGCCUAGAAGGGGGCGGGGCCGCAGGAGAUAAGACCGGUGACCACGACGAAGAGGGAUGCGUGUUGGCCCCUCGACGCGCUCCCACUGGGUCCAGACGGAAGCCGUCGAAGGCUCUUGCCAUGCCGUGA